GAAAUAUCGCGAGAGACGUUUUUGCGCGCGAUCUCUAAGCGUGGGUGGGUGGUCGGGGUUCCGAUCUCCGCUUCCAGGACCACCGAGGAGCUGGUCACUUUCGUGUCUUUGCAAUGGAGACCUCAGCGCCCGCGCAGGAACAGCAGCAGCCUGCAGCGACCAAGAUCAGGAACCUGCCCUGGGUUGAAAAAUACCGGCCACAAACACUGAAUGAUCUCAUUUCUCAUCAAGACAUUCUAAGUACCAUUCAGAAAUUUAUCAGUGAAGACCGACUGCCACAUCUGCUUUUCUAUGGUCCUCCAGGGACAGGAAAGACAUCUACCAUCCUAGCCUGUGCAAAACGGCUAUACAAAGAUAAAGAAUUUGGCUCCAUGGUCUUAGAGCUGAAUGCUUCAGAUGACCGAGGAAUAGAUAUUGUCCGGGGACCAAUCCUGAGCUUUGCUAGCACGAGGACAAUAUUUAAGAAAGGCUUUAAACUAGUGAUCUUGGAUGAAGCUGAUGCCAUGACUCAAGAUGCCCAGAAUGCCUUGAGAAGAGUGAUUGAGAAAUUCACUGAAAAUACCAGAUUUUGCCUCAUCUGUAACUAUCUGUCAAAGAUCAUCCCUGCAUUGCAGUCGCGGUGUACAAGGUUCCGAUUUGGUCCCCUGACUCCAGAACUCAUGGUUCCCCGCCUGGAACAUGUCGUAGAAGAAGAGAAAGUUGACAUAAGUGAAGAUGGAAUGAAAGCACUUGUAACUCUUUCCAGUGGAGAUAUGCGCAGGGCUCUGAACAUUUUGCAGAGCACCAAUAUGGCCUUUGGGAAGGUAACAGAGGAGACUGUCUACACCUGCACAGGGCACCCACUCAAGUCGGACAUCGCCAACAUUCUGGACUGGAUGUUGAAUCACGACUUCACCACAGCCUACAGAAAUAUUAUGGAGUUGAAAACUCUGAAGGGGUUGGCAUUACAUGAUAUCCUGACAGAGAUACACCUGUUUGUGCAUAGAGUUGACUUUCCAUCUUCAGUUCGAAUAUAUUUAUUGACUAAAAUGGCAGACAUUGAGUACAGACUUUCUGUUGGCACCAAUGAGAAGAUCCAGCUGAGUUCCCUCAUUGCUGCUUUUCAAGUUACCAGAGACCUGAUUGUCACAGAGGCCUAGAUGUUCUGAGGCCCACCAGCCACAAUUCCUAGAGCCUGGCAGUGCAGAGGACAGUUAUAGGAUGAAUGCUGCCUGGAACAUGGGACAGAGCUGUGGUCAAUGCAGGUCUUAGAAAUUUCCAUUUCAGACCCAUCAGUGGCUAGGCAACAUUAAAAAGUACCAUUUUUGUGGCCAUUCAGAGCAGGGGCACAUGAAAACAAUUUUAAUGUAUAACUAUUUUAACUGUACUACCCAUCUGUCCUUUUUUUUUUUUUUUUUUUUUUUUUUGAGACAGGGUUUCAUUCUUGUCCAGGCUAGAAUGCAAUGGCAUUGCUACAGGUCACAACAACCUCAAAAUCCUCGGGUCAAGUGAUCCUGACUCAGCCUCCUGAGUAGCUGGGACAAUCCCUAUGUGCUACCAUGCCUGGCUAGUACUUUUACUUUUUGUAGAAACAGGGUUUUUGCUGUGUUGCUCAGGCUGGUUUCAAACUCCUGGCCUCAAAUGAUCCCCCUGCCUCAGCCUCCUAAAGUGCCAAGAUUGUAGGUGUGAACCACCAUGCCCAGCCCAUCUGUCUUUUAUGGGGGAAAAAGUAACCUUUUUUUUUCUUUUUGGCUGUAAAGCUUUUAUCCUUUAGCUGCUUGGGUAAUAGAGAAUUGGCCUUUGGUCUGGAAUAUAAGCUUUUGGAUCUAAUAUGGUCCAAAUAUCUUCCAACUCAAGGUAAACAGUUGUCUCCAAAAUUAAGUUUACGAACCUAAUAAAAUUGGCCAAAACUAUUAUGCUCUUAUAAAACGGACUGAAUUUUCUUACUUUAAAAGAAAUGGUCUUUUUAUUUCCCCUCUUGAAGCAGGAGUUACCAGCAGGUUCCAAGUAGGAAAAAACUUUAAUACAGAGCUAUCCUUAAAUUAUGCUACUGGGUAGCACAGGUCAUAUAAUGUGUACUUGGUUACUGCAGGGAAGGCCUGGGAGAUGAAGCCUGACUCUAAACCUAGAACUGCAGAAAGGCCUGGGACUUGGGUAGAAAUUUAACAUUUAUUUUACAGUAAUUACGCUGCAUUUAUGUUAGUGUUCUUUACAAUAAAAAGUAAAGCAACUUGCUUGCUGGUUGUGUCAUAAGCGACUCUUCUUUCUUUAGCCAGCUAUGAAGAUGCUGACUUGUCCAACAUCCAUUUAUAUUAAAACCUUCUGUCUUUAAUAUCACAGAAUAAACUUUCUUUAGAGACAGUUCUUUGUAAAUGUGUCAAAUUCUUAAACUGUUGUAAGGAGGAAGUUAACUCAUUUCCUUUAUUUACGGAGGACUCGUUCCCCAAAGACAUCAGCAAAGUUCCAAUCUAAUGGCCAAGCAGGACCUCCAACUAGCCAGAGUGUCUCCUCAGCUGUAUGAUAUUUCAAGAUAACCAUGAAAUUUAAAAGUUGGCCAGCCCGUUCCCAGUUCUUACACUGUACAACUAGUUUUAAAAGGAUAUUUUUUCUUAAUGGAAAAAAUGAAACAGAGCCAAAAGGUUUUAACUUUUUGUUUUCCCUUCAAUGAAAGCCUCUCAUUUUGAAAAGAUGUUUUUCUUCAAGCAACAAAAGUGGUAGAGGAAAUUCCUCAACUUUCUUAAGUCAUAUAACGUUACACUGGCCUCCAAACAGCACCAAUUAAGAAAGCUAGAGAAUACGAUGUUGCAUUUCUUUUAAAAUAAUUUAAAAUAUAUUAAAUUUUCCUAAGGCAGAUUUUGCUCGAGUGAGGUGUCUGGGUUAGAUAACUACAUGCCACUGAAGGAGAACAGUACUUUUAAGGAGCUAUUUUUGUUCGGGGGUAGAGGUGAAACCAGCUGAUUAAUGAGGUUAAGCAGCAAAGACAGAUCUCGUACACAGGAGUAUCAGCUAAAUCAUGACAACACCAAUUCUUUACAUAGUUCAUACACAUCUUCCCAAUGUUCAAUUUAAGUACUAUGGUUUUUAGAUAUCACUGAGAAAAACACAAUUGUACCUUAACAUCUGUUGAGAAAAUACAAAUAAAUAUGAUGCUAAUAAAUGGCAACUGACCACUCAGUAGCCAUUUGAACAGUCAUGCAGGUUAGGAAUAUAUCCUUGUAUAAGCUGACAUACAAAUUUGUCAUCUGCACAUGCACACCAU